AGGCCGCCGCUGCCGGGUCGGAAGUGCGGGCUGCGUCGGGACUGGCGGCGAUGGAGCAGGCCGAGGCGCACAACGGCAGCGGGGCGGCCGAGGCCCCCUCGGCCGGGGCGCGGCCCCCCGCCACCCCCGAGGGCAUGGCGCUGGCCUACGGCAGCCUGGUGGUCAUGGCGCUGCUGCCCAUCUUCUUCGGGGCGCUGCGCUCCGUCACCUGCGCGAAGGGCAAGAAUGCUUCAGAUAUGCCAGAGACCAUUACCAGCCGAGACGCUGCCCGUUUCCCUAUCGUCGCCAGCUGCACCCUCCUAGGCCUCUACCUCUUCUUCAAAAUCUUCUCUCAAGAGUAUAUCAACCUGCUGCUCUCCAUGUAUUUCUUUGUCCUUGGGAUCCUCGCCCUUUCCCACACCAUCAGCCCCAUGAUGAACAAAUUCUUCCCGGCAAAUUUUCCCAACAAGCAGUAUCAACUCCUUUUCACUCAGGGCUCUGGGGAAACAAAGGAAGAGAUUGUGAACUAUGAGUUUGACACCAAGGACCUUGUCUGCCUGGCCAUGAGCAGCAUCGUUGGCGUCUGGUACCUGCUGAGGAAGCAUUGGAUUGCCAACAACCUGUUUGGCCUGGCCUUCUCUCUCAACGGGGUGGAGCUGUUGCACUUGAACAAUGUCAGCACAGGAUGCAUCCUUCUUGGAGGCCUCUUCAUCUAUGAUGUCUUCUGGGUCUUUGGCACCAACGUGAUGGUGACUGUAGCAAAGUCAUUUGAAGCCCCCAUCAAAUUGGUUUUCCCUCAAGAUCUGCUGGAGAAAGGCCUGGAAGCCGACAACUUUGCCAUGCUGGGCCUGGGAGACAUUGUUAUCCCAGGAAUCUUCAUUGCUCUCCUGCUGCGCUUUGAUAUCAGCCUGAAGAAGAACACGCAUACGUACUUCUACACCAGUUUUGUGGCCUACAUUUUUGGACUGAGCCUCACCAUCUUCAUCAUGCACGUCUUCAAACAUGCUCAGCCCGCUCUGCUGUACCUGGUUCCGGCUUGCAUUGGCUUCCCUCUCCUGGUAGCCCUGGUCAAGGGAGAAGUGACAGACAUGUUCAGCUACGAGGAGAACACUGCCCCAAAGGAGGUGAAAGGAGACGCCAAGGAAGAGAAGACAGAGACAGAGCAGGAGAAGAAAGAGAAAUGACCGUGCGCAUUUUUUGGCCAGGCUGGGCUUCAUCUGCUCCCCCGACCCCCCCCCCCCCCAUCGCAAGUGAUUUUCAUUUUUUUCCAAGCCAACUGGAUGGCGUCACAGCCGUACGGGGGGUGCGCAUGUGUGUCCGUGUGCGUCUGUCUGUCUGUCUGGAGUGCUUCGGGCACGAGAGGCAGAUCCGCCCUUGGAUCUCAUCCCUGCCUCCAUGGACCUCUCAUUCCCUCCCUGGGGAGGAGACGGGCAGGUGGUGGGGAAGGAAUUCCACCCUCCCCACCCACCCUCUGAAAGCUUUUGACACCGGCUCCCCUUACCUUCUUCGUGGUCUCGGUGGGAGGGAGGGAGGGAUACUGGGCGCUGAUUUUUAAAUUUUGUAUUGUGGAUUUGCUUCUUCUCAUAUUAAAAGAAAAAAAAUGAAGGUCUGAAGCAGACUGGCCA